AUGAGAGAGCAGGAGCCUGUCCUGGUGCUUCUCUUCUACACUGACAACCAGGAGGACAGGGAGGCACCUCUUGCAUUUUGGAGCUCCGUUCUCAUCCCUCCGUCAACUGGCAAGAUAAAAAGAUGCCACGGGGGCACCUACAUUUCCAUGGCAACACCAACGCUUUGCUGGCCCGGAGCAGGCUCCUCUGGGAUCUCCUUUUUAAACUACUGAUGUUGAUAAAUGUCUCUGUCUCCUGCCCGUCAAAGUGUCUCUGCGACGCAGACAUCGGUCUUGUGCAAUGUGACUUCUUAUCUCUCCAGGGGAUCCUGGAGGACAUCCCUCAGUGGGUCCGAAACCUGUCACUCGUAGGCAGUGAUGUAAAUGUUCUCCGUCCAGAGACUUUCCACAGGGACGGGACCCGACUGAGCAAUUUAACCGCACUUCUUUUAAUAAACAGCAGCAUCCAAGCCAUAGAAGCCCUGGCAUUCAAGGAACUUCCACGCCUCACCACCUUAGACUUGAGCUUUAAUCGCUUGACCGCCAUAGCCGAUGAUGCAUUUGAUGGAGCCAGUCAACUGGAAGUCUUAAAACUUAAUCAAGCUUUCCAAACUCCAGCCGUGAAACCUUUGCUUAACUCUCACUGGACAAAACCCUUGAGAAACCUUAACCGACUUGAACUGACCGGCAAUGCUUUGCAGUCUCUACCCAACUUGGUCUUUCACCUGGAGACCUUGGAGACAGUGAACAUUGGAAAUAAUGCCAUAAAGAGGUUUGACGAGGAAACAAUCUUGCAUUUAUCCUUUAAAAAGAAACUUGGGCUUUAUUUUAGCCCCAACCCUUUUGUGUGUGAUUGUCGAAUGACUAAGAUGUUUCUGUGGCUCAGGAAUUCCUCCCAAGCGUUGGACGCUCAAAGCCUCAAAUGUUAUGCCCCAUCGAGCCUAAAUGGUACGGACAUCAUGACUUUGAAACUGGAGGACUUUAAGUGCAUAAAUGAAGACCUAGAAACAGCAUCAUAUGUCUUCUUUGGUAUAGUGUUGGCUCUCAUUGGGGUCAUCUUCCUCAUGGUCUUGUACCUCAACAGAAAGGGCAUAAAGAGGUGGCUCAACAACAUCAGGGAAGCCUGUAGAGACCAGAUGGAAGGCUACCACUACCGAUAUGAACAAGACUCAGAUCCCAGAAGGUCCAAUGCUUCCACCGGCAUUUAGAACGUGUAUUCCAGGACACCAAACUCACUUCAUAUUGGAUUGAUUUAUUACAUUGUUCCCCUUGAGGGUAUUGGGAUUUGGGGGGAGGUAGGACAACCAGUUUUUAGGAGGAUUUUGUUUUUAAUGAGAUAUUUCUUGCUGUGGGGAACUUUUUCCCUCUCCUCCCUUCGAUGGUCUGCUGGUGAGUAACGUUUGCCAUGGAAUGCAUCCAAUUCUCAUAGUUUAAGGUUUUGCCCAAUAAAAACAGGUCUCCUUGCUUCUCCAGUAGAAGGGAUGUGGGGCAACAUUAUAGCACAGCACUGACCCACUGUAGAAGCUAAAGGAUCUCUAUGUAUUGUCAUUAUUAAAGCUAAUACGUCAUCUCCUUUUACUAUGUGAUCCAUUGUAGCCACAGAUCAAUGGCAAUGGCACCAUGACUGGUAUCUAACCACAUCUUACUGGGCAUUAUGUAAAUAUCCUUUAUUCACCACCACAGAAUAAGCUUUCACGGGGUUCUUACUUACAUUACAGGGCCAACUUUAUUAAUUAGAGAGAAUUAAUUCAUAUUCAUUAUAUUAUCGCUAUUAUCUGACUCCAAAUAAUCACAGAUCCAGCUAAUUAUAAAGCAUAGGAGGCUCCAUCUAUAGUUCAUUUGCUUAAUAUCACUAUAUAGACCAUAGCAAUGUACUUCUAGACUGUGCAAUGACUAUUCUAGAGGAUAUAGAUAAUGACCCCACAUUUAUUUACCCCCCACACACACAAUUAAACAAUAGAUACAAACGCCGCAACUUUUUUUAUUGGGUUUCCAGGCGGCGCAUAUUCCAAAGCACAAGUAUUCACACAAAUAUCAGACUAUUCAGCAUUCCACUUUGUUAACGUUAUUUUUAAAGCCGGCAUAAAAAUGGAACCAUAGCCAUACCGGGUGCAAGUUGAGGGACUGGGGGGCCACAAUCUAUCAUUGGGGGGGCCUAUUCUAAGCAUCUUUUACUCCACAUGUUUUUGAGACAAGAGCAGCCAACCUCACGCAUGUGACCAGUGAUUAAUGAGCAUUAAACUGAAUGAAUUACUUGCACUUUAGGAAAUAAACAUGUUGUUAGGCUGGAAAUAUAAAUGCAUUUGUUUCCAACAAUGGAGCUGAUUCUAAGUAACAACUAAUAAUAAUAAUAAUAAAAUUGUAGAUUUAAUGAAAAAUGCCAAUGUUUCCUUCUUUUUAUAGGGCUGCUAUAGGGUAUCCUGCUUAACUGUCUUAUGGGAUCUCUCUGUACAGACUAUG